AUGUCGACACGGCCAGAUGAGAUCCCCGUAAAAGUGGAGCGAGUCACCAUUGAACAAGACAAGGGAGUUUCCAAACCAUCUUUUCUCCGCCAUUUCGUUAAAAAUGUCCAACAAGCGAGCGACCUCCAAAGUCUUCUCGUUGAGGCCCAGCUUGCGAAGCAAAAAAUGGAACAAUCUGGUUGUUUUAAAUCCGUAGAUGUAGCCAUCGACACGACUGAAGCUUACAACACGGACGGGAACGCCACUGGCUAUCAGGUUGUUUAUGACGUGAAGGAGAAGAAAUUGAGCAUUUCUGCGGGAGGAGAUCUUUCGCCUGAUUCGAUGACGCCAGAAGGAGGUGUGAAAGUUGCAAUUCCUAAUGUUUUCGGAUACGGUGAAAAGAUUCAAAUGAGCUUUGGGAAGGACAUGGACUCAACUGAAGGAGCCGAUAAGCCGAAAAACUUCUUUCCCAACGUCUCCCUCAACAUCAACUACCCUCUAAGAUACGAAACAACAAGCAUCGAUGGAGAAUUCACGUCAACAAAUCGCGAGAAACCAUGGUGUAAUAUCAAGGAAGAAAGUAUGCUAGGAAAAUUCGGGAUUACGAAUAAAUUCGCGGAAAAUUUAACCGGAUCAGUAUCUCUCAACGCCAGGCAGAUGAAUAUAAGCGCCCUCACAGACAAAGAUUGCCCUGAGUCCAUCAUAGACCAGUUUGGUUAUUCUCAGAAGAAUUUCUUGACUUUAUCCGUCAACUACGACUCCUCUGCCAACUUCAUCAGGAAGGUCGUUCCCGCGAAAGGGUUCCGAAUGAAAUGCGAUGCAGACUUCUUCAAGAAUGGAUACAAAGGCUUCGCAGAUCUUGCUCUUUAUCAGCCUCUGUCUACUGGUAUUACCGGUGUUUUAACUGCAAGUGGUGGUUAUCUUAAUACGAAUGGCAACAAAAGUCACAUUUCCGAUCGAUUCUUCGUCGGUGGUAACAACAACAUUCGUGGAUUUGAAAUGAACAGCCACGGUCCUCGUGAAUCUGGCUGUGCUCUUGGUGGCGAUGCUUCUUUCAAAGCGGGUGUUCAUGUUUACUACUCAAUGGAACUUCUUGGACAAAUUUUCAAGGGAAUUAGCCAAAAUCUAUUGAGUCCCAACGCUGCAAUCCAUGCUUUUGCCGUGGCUGGAAAUGUGGGAAAUGUCUCAUCCGUUUUACAACAUAAACACUACGCGUACUGCUAUGGCAUCGGUGUAGCCAUGUCCCUCUUCCAAGGCAUUCCCCUCAAUUUGGAAGCUAACGUUGUUGGAACAAGUCAGAAAAAGUUCCCAACCUUUCAAGCUGGAUUCAGCAUGUCCAUCUGA